AUGUCGUACUUUGGAGGGAAGAAUCUCUGGAAUGACAUGUCCGUCUUCCCUCGGAUGAUGGGGAAGCAAGUGGACAUGGCUGUCGAAGAGAUCACAGUAGAAGUCGUGGAUAUUUCUCUCCAUUCCCUUUCUCGAUGCAAUGGUUGUUCCCUUCGGGUUCCGAAGAGCAGUCAUCCUUGUCUUGCGACUGGCGAAGUCUCGAAGGGCAUAGCGGAAGCUUCUUCCCGCCUCUGCAGCUUCAGCCAGCACUUCUGCUCUUCUCUAUUUAUGGUCUUCCUUUAUCGGCUCCCUGCAAAGCUUUGCGAGCUUGAACGUGAGUUCUUGGUUCCCUGCGGCUUGUGCUGCUCCAUGCUGGUGUAUCAGUUCAAGGGUUUAAGAGAUAGGCGUCUCUUUAAAACUCUCAGCCGUCUUCGUGCAGUCGUGAAGGUGUUCAACGAGCCGGUCAUAUUCCUCGUCGAUGUUGUCCAUUGCGGAAUCUUCCCCAAAACCGGCUAG